AUGCUGGCUGUUGUUGCGCUGAAUACUUACAAUUGUAGCCAAUUUAAGAGUGCAAAACACGCAGUUGGUGCACUGGACAAAGACAACUUCACUUACAGCUAUACUGUAAUUGAAAGUGAUGCCUUCACCGAUGUGAUUGAGAAAGUAGCUUAUGUUGUCCAAAUUGAAGCUUCUGCUGAUGGAGGGUCAAUCUGCAAAACUAGCAGCACAUACUACACUAAGGCUGAUAUUCUGUUUACAGAAGAACAACUUGAGGGAGGAAAAGAAAAGAUUAAGGCAGGAAAGGAAAAGGCCUUGGCCAUGUUCAAGGCUGUUGAGGCCUACCUUCUUCCAAAUCCUGAUGCAUACAACUGA